UAAAUCUUGGAAUACUAGUUUGCAACACACUCGGUUAGCCGAAGAAGUCGGUCUCCUCAACACGCCACAGAACCCGCCAUUUGUUGACGAAUUUAGUACAGUCGAAAGUAACAAUCAUUCGACUGACCCGAUGAUUCGCCUUGUUUGGUGAGAAAUAUGACUCGGAGGAGAAGUGUCGUUUGGGAUUAUUUUGAAGAAGUCGAUACGGAAUCUGUGGUCUGUCUGCUGUGUAAAAAUGUAUUGUGUAAACACGAACAUGGCAGUACGACACCGAUGCUAAGACAUCUGCGCGUCAAACAUCCCAAAGAGGCUGCCAUGGAACUUGGGAGGACCAAGGGUCAAGAAGCUUCGACUGGACAGCAGUCAAUGGACACUGAUGGUCCACAAGUGGAGGUGGAACUGGAGGAAGCAGAUUCUAACACCGUCAUCACUGUGAACGACACUGACAUUGAUUCUGCACUAAACGGCAUCCUUGUAGCUGUACAGGGAGAAGCCAUGGAAGAAAUAAAAGAAGAAGUCGUGGUAAAAAAUCAGCCCCCUUCAAAGACGAAAUCACGUCGGAGUAUGAUCUGGAGACACUUUGAACGCUUGGAAAGUUCAGAUGGUUGUCAGUGUUUGAUUUGCAAUAGGAAGAUAAAGUGCUCUUCUGAGGGCAGCACCAGCAACCUGCACAGACACAUGUCCAAGAGGCACCCGCAUGUGAAUUUGCAAACAGGCGAGGUGCUGAAGCAGUCACCAGACACAUCCUCACACACAGAGUCAAAGUACAGUAAAACAUGUCCAGCAAUGGUCACAAAGGACGUAUCAGUUCCAGAUUUGUUCCAGGUUUCACAGGCAACUGCAGGAGAGAAGCGUGGUUUUAGGAGGGAGCUGGAGUUGAUAGAAGCACUGAGGAGAGCACAGAGGGAGGAGGCGCAGGCUCUGGAGCAUCAGCGGGAGCUUGUCGAGAAGCUGCGGGCUGUCAAUGCCAGAGAAGCUGCUGUAGAGAGAGAGCAAAUCGAGUCUCUCAGGAGAACUCAGCAGGAGGAAGCCAAAAAAUUAAGCAGUCAGAGAGAGGAGCUUGAGACAGAAAAGGCGGAGCUGCAGAGGAAAUGGGAGGAGCUCAAGCAGAAGGAGCGACUGCUCUCUGGACAACAUCAAGACUCUGUUUCUCACUAAGGGUGACAUUUUUUUAUAGAGUCGUUUGGAACCAACACAAAUGCCUGAUUUUUUUUUUUUAUAUAAUAAAAUCUGCCUUGUC